GUUCUCUGAGCAGGAAAGCCACUUCUCACUUCUCAACCGACUGCUCAAACAACCAAACCGCAGACAGAAUGGGAAUCAACUGCCCGGCAUGCUCAGGACCCGUCGCGAGCGGACAGAAGGAGGCCAUGGGCAAGACGUGGCAUCCCAAGUGCUUUGUCUGCAAGAAGUGCGGCAAGCAGCUCGCCAACGAGUACAAGGUCGUUUCUAACAAGGCGUACUGCAAUGUCUGCGUUGACCGCACACCCGCGCUGCUCAAGGCCAGCCGAGGCAGCUCAAGCUCGGCAGGUGGACAGCCCAGGCAAUCGAACGCCAGCACGAGCAGUGGCAACCGCGGUGGCAGCAAUGGCGGUGGCGGUGGCUGCAUCAUUGCAUAGCUGGUGUUUUGGCAUUGGAAAAUUUUGUACUGAAGAUUUGCAAUUGGAAACUGUUGUUGGUUGCCUCUGCGCCCCCUCCCAAGUCAUACAGCUUCAAGAAAUGCACUAGUGCG